GACCUUGACAACCACAGUAACAAGCGACUUGACACCGCUGAGAUGGCCCUAAACAGGAUUGACGGUGCCGAUGAGCUCUACAUCGGAGGCGUUUUCGGCCUCAACCGCCCGAGACUCAUCCAGGAGCACAAGUUUACCCACAUCCUAUCCGUCAUCAAAUACACACUCAACCGAGACGAAGAUGCGUUUCGAGAUGUGGAGCACCUCAGCAUUGACAUCGACGACAUGGAGGACCAAGACAUCCUCGUGCACCUUCCCCGGAUGGUGCGCUUCAUCGACAACGGCCUCCGCCACAAAGGCCGUCGCGACGAGACCACACCGGUAACACCUCCCCCGGCCCCGGCAGCCGAACCACCGAGGUCUUCUUCGUCUUCUCCCCGCUCCGGCGCAGUCCUCGUCCACUGCGCUAUGGGCAAGUCCCGUUCCGCCACCGCCAUCAUCGCCUACCUCCUCUGGAAGUACCCGCACCGCUUCGGUCGAGCAGACCCGGCAGGAACCGCCCAGCAGGCUGUCGAGCGGGCGCUCCACUGGGUUCGCCGCAGCAGGCCCGUGGCCGAGCCCAACGAAGGGUUCAUGCGCCAGCUCGAGAUGUGGUGGGACAUGGGCCGCCCGGCCGACAGCGACGACGCGGUCGAGAAGCACCCGGCCUACCAGCGCUGGUUGUACAGGCGGGAAGUCGAGGACGCGGCGCGCGUCGGCCGGGCUCCCGACCGGAUCCGGUUCGAGGACGAGGCGGCGGCGGAGGUUGCGGGAGGAAAUGCCGGCGGGACGGCAACCGCAGCAGGAGCAGGGCGGAGCGGCGCGGGGGAACAACAAUGCACGGAGCUCAGAUGUAAGAAGUGCCGGCGCGUGCUCGCUACGGGGCCGUUUAUCGUGCCGCAUCAAGGCCGGGGUGCCGGCGCGGAGCGGUCGGGCUGUCCUCACUAUUUCGUCGAGGCCUUGUCGUGGAUGCGGCCAAUCCUGGAAGAGGGAGAGCUCGACGGCCGCUUGACCUGCCCGAACGCUAAGUGCUCUGCUUCGAUAGGCCGCUACGCGUGGCAGGGGUUCAAGUGCAGCUGUGGCGAGUGGGUUGCCCCGGCCUUCUCGCUCCAGACCAGCAAGGUCGACAAGGUGGUCACGCGGGGGAACCAGGGCGGCGGCGGCGCCUUCGUAGCUAGCCGGAUGGCUGCCCUGGGCAUCCGCAUGCCUCCGCGGAUGGCAGGUCCUCCCACCGUAGCCCCGCCCGGCGCCGUGGUCGACAAAUCCAAGGAGAAUCUGUGAUAACCACAAGG